GUGGGUGACCUACCGUGGGACUGUGGGUGGGGCGGCGGCCGCCGUUGUGGCUCUCACAUUUGGGUUGGGGAGAGGGUGAGGGACUAGUCCGCCCCUGAGAACCGAGUCGAGGGCCCGGGGCCGAGCGUGCUGGAGGAAGUCGCCCCGAGCGGCUCGCCUUUGCCGGAGGCGGGGUGGCCCUGGGAGCCGGCGUCCCGCCCCCGGCGGCCUCCCUCCCCAACCCUCCUCCCCGGCUGCGCGCGGGCUGCUCCCGCUCAGUCUUGGGGGCUGCGGCGGGAACCGCCGAGAGGGGUGGACGGGGCCCUUCCCGCUGAGGACCGGCUGGAGAAGAAGAGGGAGCGCGGCGGUUCAAGUCUGUCAGCCCAGAGGUCAGGCCGCGAGUCCCGGUCCGUGGCCCGUCCUCCUCCCAGCCCUCUUGGCUGGAGUCCGCGACCUCCCCACGCUCCUUCUGCUUCUCCUUUGAGCAUGCCACCAAGUCCUCGGGCAGGGUGAUUUUCUUUUCUUCCUUGUUUUUGCCCGAAAGGAGACAUCUAUUUAAAGGACAUCUAUUCUCAUCGCUACUCCUCUCCUCUUAAAAGUUUUCCUUCACGAGGAAUGCUUGUAUUCGUUCCCUGGAUUAUUUGAUGGUUCCUACUCCAGCCACCGUCUCAUUUAGCAAUUGGGAUCACCUUCAGAUCAAAUCUUAAAUCUCACCACUUACAAAACUACCAUACAGAGUUGUUCUCUCCGCCCGAGAAGGGCAAAUGGACUUUGAAGUUAAGAUGCAGGGAGGUGAGCCAGUGUCAACAAUGAAAGUCUCAGAGAGCGAAGGAAGGCUGGAGGGCCUGGCCACCGCGGUGACCCCCAACAAGAACAGCAGCAACAGCAGCUGUGGAGGUGGAAUCAGCAGCAGCAGCAGCGGCAGCAGCAGAGGUGGCAGUGCCAAAGGCUGGCAGUACAGUGAUCACAUGGAAAAUGUGUAUGGCUACUUAAUGAAGUACACCAACCUCGUCACUGGGUGGCAGUACAGGUUUUUUGUUUUAAACAAUGAAGCUGGGCUGUUGGAGUACUUUGUGAAUGAACAGUCUAGAAAUCAGAAACCCAGAGGUACUUUGCAGCUUGCAGGAGCUGUAAUCUCACCCAGUGAUGAGGACUCUCACACCUUCACUGUAAAUGCUGCCAGUGGGGAACAGUAUAAACUCAGAGCCACAGAUGCUAAAGAGAGACAACAUUGGGUUAGUCGACUUCAGAUAUGUACACAACACCACACUGAAGCUAUUGGCAAGAAUAAUCCUCCUCUGAAAUCACGGAGCUUCUCACUUGCAUCUAGUGGUAAUUCUCCUAUAUCCCAGAGGAGACCAAGUCAAAAUGCCAUUUCCUUUUUUAAUGUUGGACAUUCCAAACUACAAUCAGUGAGCAAAAGAGCUAACUUACCUCCAGACCAUCUUGUGGAAGUCAGAGAAAUGAUGUCUCAUGCUGAAGGACAACAAAGAGACUUAAUUAGAAGAAUUGAAUGCCUUCCUGCUUCUGGCCAUCUUAGUUCCUUGGACCAGGAUCUCUUAAUGCUCAAGGCUACUUCCAUGGCAACUAUGAACUGCUUAAAUGACUGCUUCCAUAUUCUCCAGUUGCAGCAUGCAUCACACCAGAAGGGCUCAUUGCCUUCAGGAACGACAAUCGAGUGGUUAGAACCAAAGAUACCUUUAUCAAACCACUAUAAAAAUGAAGCUGACCAGCCCUUUGCAGCUGAGCAGAGUAAGCCAGUGGCAGUCCCAGAAGAGCAGUGUGUUGCAGAAUCUGGACUGUUAACAAGGGAACCUGAAGAAAUAAAUGCAGAUGAUGAGGUGGAGGAUACUUGUGACAACAAGGAGGACGACCUGGGAGCUGUGGAGGAGCAACGCAGUGUUAUCCUACAUCUCUUGUCACAGCUCAAGCUGGGCAUGGAUUUAACAAGAGUGGUGCUUCCUACAUUUAUCCUAGAGAAGCGUUCCUUGCUGGAAAUGUAUGCAGACUUUAUGUCUCAUCCAGACCUAUUUAUAGGCAUCACUAAUGGAGCUACGGCUGAGGACAGAAUGAUUCGUUUUGUUGAGUACUACCUUACCUCGUUUCAUGAAGGCCGUAAGGGAGCAAUUGCUAAGAAACCAUACAAUCCUAUUAUUGGAGAAACAUUUCACUGUUCCUGGAGGAUGCCAAAAAGCGAGGUAGCAUCCAGUGUCAUUAGCUCUUCCACCCAGGCUGGCACAAAUCAUGCUCCUCCAUCAGAGGAGGCUUUGAGCCAGGUGGGAUCAGACUGCUAUACAGUCAGAUUUGUUGCUGAGCAGGUUUCCCAUCAUCCUCCCGUCUCAGGAUUUUAUGCAGAAUGUGCAGAGAGGAAGAUGUGUGUAAAUGCGCAUGUCUGGACUAAGAGCAAAUUCUUAGGCAUGUCGAUAGGCGUGACAAUGGUUGGGGAAGGUGUCCUCAGUCUCCUGGAGCAUGGAGAAGAGUAUACAUUUUCUCUACCUUGUGCAUAUGCCAGGUCAAUUUUAACUGUUCCUUGGGUGGAGCUGGGUGGCAAAAUCAGUGUCAACUGUGCAAAAACUGGAUAUUCAGCCAGCAUCACUUUUCAUACAAAGCCAUUUUAUGGUGGCAAACUGCACCGGGUUACCGGUGAAGUGAAGCACAACAUCACCAACACUGUCGUAUGCAAAGUACAAGGGGAAUGGAAUAGUGUUCUCGAAUUCACUUACAGUAACGGAGAGACAAAGCACGUGGACUUGACUAAAUUGGCAGUGACAAAGAAAAGAGUAAGACCUCUGGAGAAGCAGGAUCCAUUUGAAUCCAGGCGAUUGUGGAAAAAUGUGACAGACUCUCUAAGGGAAUCCGAAAUUGAUAAGGCCACAGAGCAUAAACGUACCCUGGAGGAACGCCAGAGGACUGAAGAAAGGCAUCGUACUGAAACAGGCACACCUUGGAAAACCAAAUAUUUUAUUAAAGAGGGAGAUGGCUGGGUUUAUCACAAACCUCUUUGGAAAAUAAUUCCAACAACACAACCAGCAGAGUGACGACACACACUGUCUAAUACUCGACCAAAUGAACUUCUCUGUUUACCCUAAAUCCUCCCAGAAUGGAGUCAUUGCACUGAGUGACCUGCUUCCUUAUUGCACAGACUGAAACUAACUAAACACGAAUGUACCAAUUAGGGCACCAUAGAACUGCUGCAAGACCAAAGUGUUGAAGAAGAACUAUGGACAUCUCACCAGGCUGUUCAUAUGAUGUGAGCAAUAUCAUCUGAAAUCUUUCACCUGAAUUAUUAGAUGAUGAAUCUUUUAUCCAAUUCCUGCUCGGAAAGCUAAGUUUGAAACCCCUGUUUUUGCAUGGGGACAGCAGAUAAACACAAUGAGAACUCAGUAAUUUUGAUUUCUUUAUAGUGAAAAGUGAAGUGUCUUUCAGAGUUUGUGCUUUGCUUUCUGUCAGCAGCUGAAGUAUUCACUACUCUUACAACAAACCAAGAGGAGGAAGAAGAUGAUCCAGAAGUGGCUUCAGCCAUUGUGCCUGAAAUCAGUGUUAAAAAAAAAUCAACCAGGUUGUUGUAACAAGGCAUUCUAUUCCUUCAAAGAGACUCUGUGCCUGUGUUUGAGGAACUUAUUCAUUAUCCAUCUCUGUUGCAACUCUCUUUUAAAAAGUAUAUUUAUAAAUUGAUUAGAAAUAUAACCAUGGAGAAUUUUUUCUUCUGAGCAUUUUAAUAUACUUGAAAACAACCAUUGACUUGAAUUCAGAACAUUUUUCAGUACCUAGUUUUAUUAAAUACUACACUUGAGAGACAAUUUUUUAAAAUGUGUUCAUGUCAAUAUGGUGAGAUUUUGGCCUUUCUCAAGAACUGAGGCAUUAAAGAACAUAGCAAAUAUUAAAAAAUAAAACUGUUACUGUUUUCCUUACCUUUUUUUCACUUGUAAGUUAAUAUGCAGUAUUAUGUGCUAUCCCUCUGGAUAAGUAUGGUUUAUCUUACCUCUGUUCACUCAAAAUUUAAAACAACUAUUCAUAUUUGUCAGUAAUUCAGAAGUUCUAUAUGUGACUGAGUGCAUGUAUGGUAUGGUUUUCUUUUCUUUUCAAGGAAAUUCAAAUGCUGAAGAAAAGAGUAUGAAAUAAAAAGCUACCAGAAAAAAAAAAAAAAGAUGUCAGGAAGUUGUAUUCAGGUACAAAUCUUUUUUUUUAAAUAACUAUUUUAUUGAGAUUGACGAAUUGCUGGCAAUUAAAAGAAUAGUGCUAAUUAUGGCUUUCAUCAUUUAUUCAAGUAUUUAUUAAGCACCUGCUUACAUGGUGCUCAACAUUUGUUACUGCAAGCUACCUUAAUUUUCUAAGAGUGGUGCCUUACUCUGUUUCUUCUGAAGUGGUCUUCCAAUCAGUGUGUGUAACAUAUACCUGUUAUUCAUCAGCCAUUGUAGGUGGCUGUAUCUGUUGCAUCAUCAUAAGAAGUUUAAGCUUUGAGGUCUGUGUUUUAUUGAAGGGAGUUGUUAAUAGGAUGAAAACAAUUUUUUUCAACCAGUUGUAAAUUAUAAGAAAAUAAUUGGCUUAUGUACAGCCAUUUUAAUGAUUCCCUUGUUCAUUUUUGCUGUGAAAUGCACUGAAAAAAAAAUCUCAAAAUGAGUUAUAGUUCAUGUGUUGGGAAGAUUAAAAAAAUAAUAAAACUAGACAACAAA